AGGCAGCCAAAGUUGCACUGAUAAGUUUUUAACAAAAGGUGGCCCAAGGUUUGCAAAAACAAAGGAUCCGAACUCCUUGCAAAUUUUUCCGAUUUUUUAAUUAACUGUUGUUUUUUUGAACAUCCUAUUAUUGUAAAAUUAUAGUACUCGUAUAAAUUUUGUUUGGAAAGACCGAUUUCUCGGUGAAUAAGGCUUGUAUACUCCGAAUUACUGUAUUUCCGCUUCCUUCGGCCGCGGCCUCUCGUUCCCGCCGGCCUGGAUCCAAGAAAUUCCGAGCAGAAAAAUAGAAUGAAAACGUCAGAAACUAUUUUGAAGUCCGAAACUAAAGGCAAAUUCGUCAAGAUCUUUUCACAUUUCAUGGAAAGGGUUGCGAAAUUUGAGGAGCUAUCUGCUGCCGGGAACAGAUUGCUAGUCAGCUUCCGCCAAGGACUUGAGUAUAUCCGAAGACCCUCUAUUGAUAAGCCGUCGGAACUCCUUGAAAAGGUCAUAAAAGCUAACUAUACUGAUAGGAUGCAGUCCUACAUUAAAGCUGGAUAUGUACACACUUACACUAGGGCUGAAAAUCUCAACAAGUUGAAUACAAGUCAUUCCCAGUUGUUGGAUAAUGCAAGUAAAGCUAAAGACAUCAUCAAUGAACUUGAAUGCCUUGUUGAAGAAGCUAAGGUGGCAUUAGAAGCGGCAAGUGAAAGCCUGCAAGAUUAUAAUCUUGAUUUGGAUCCUGAAGAGGAUGCGGGUGUCUCAUGUGUCCCUGCGGUACCAGGAGACGUUGAUUAUGCCAUCAUGUUAGCUGUAGUCUAUAGCAUGGUGAAACAGGAUUAUGUAAUGCAGGAAAAGAUUGUGUCUGCACUUAAUCUUAAGACAUCAUCAGGAGAACUGGAGAGCUACUGCUUGAUGUGGUCACUGCACCCCUUUGUGAACGAUGAAAUUGUGCAUCAAGCUUGGAAACUUGUCGCAUAGCCUUUUGAUGCAUUCUAUGAAAUUUCUUAAAAAGAUUUCAUUUAGUUAGCACUUAGCAGUAUAUACAAAGUGGAUAUACAGAAGCAGUUGGCCUAAAGGUACCAAACAAGGAUCCACAAUCUUGGCUUGUGAGUUCGAGUCUUUUGAAGAUAUGGAAGGGUGAGCUUAUUCGCCUUUCAAAAAAGAUAGAAAGGAAUUCAAAGUGAAAGCUUGAAAUGCUGCAUUGAGCAUUGAAUGGCAAGUGUGUAUGGAUUUUUAUGGAUUGGAUUCAAUAUAAACAGGUGAUUAAAGCAUUCUUUAGUGAAAAGAUUAGUUUAGAUUUGUGAAUUGUGAUAGCUAGUGUAGAUGUUUGGCGCCGUUCUAAAAAAAAAAGGUAUUAGAUGCUUGGCUUAAUAUCUAGAUAUUGAUGUUUUGUAUGACAUGUUAGUAUCAUUUAAGCUGUUUUUAAGCUUUGUGUGUCGUGAAA